UUAGGAAGUUGGAGCUCCACGUAAGAAGCUCGUCGCAGUCGCAGCAGCAGCGCCGACACUCGGGCAGGAAGAUGGCGGCGGUGGAGCGUCCGCCUGUGAAGGAGGCGGUGCGGAUCGCGCUGCUGUGUACAUGCUGGUACACGGUCAGCUCCGGCGGCAACGUUAUCAAUAAAAUCAUCCUGAACGGAUUCCCGUAUCCUGUCACCGUUUCGCUUUUCCACAUCUUCUCCAUCGUGUUGUUUCUUCCGCCGCUGCUGCGCGCUUGGGGCGUCCCGAAAUCUGAAGUCCCGGCCACUUAUUACCGCUGGUACAUUCUUCCCUUGGCGUUUGGUAAAUAUUUCUCUUCCGUGUCGGCUCACUUCAGUAUAUGGAAGGUUCCCGUGUCCUACGCUCACACGAUAAAAGCCACCAUGCCAAUAUGGGUCGUGCUGUUAUCACGGAUAAUUAUGAAGGAGAAGCAAACCACAAAGGUCUAUGUUUCUCUUGUACCGAUCAUAGGCGGUGUCCUGUUGGCUACGGUGACUGAGCUCUCAUUUGAUCUGUCAGGAUUAAUCAGUGCUCUCGCAGCUACACUUUGCUUCUCUUUACAAAACAUAUUCUCUAAAAAGGUUUUGCGUGACACGAGGAUACACCACCUCCAUCUGCUCAACACUCUUGGCUUCAAUGCAGUUUUGUUCAUGCUGCCAACGUGGAUUUUAGUUGACCUGUCUUCGUUUCUGGUCGAUGGAGACUUUACAGAGAUUUCCAAUUGGAGUGGAACAUUGGUGCUGCUCAUCAUCAGUGGCUUCUGCAACUUUGCACAGAACAUGAUUGCCUUUAGUGUGUUAAACAUAGUCAGUCCUCUCAGCUAUGCGGUUGCUAAUGCUACGAAGAGGAUCAUGGUAAUCAGUAUAUCAUUACUGAUGCUGAGAAACCCUGUUAACUUGUCCAACAUCUUGGGGAUGAUGACUGCCAUCCUGGGUGUCUUUCUGUAUAACAAGGCGAAAUAUGAUGCAAACCAAGACGCAAAGAAGAAACUGCUGCCAGUCUCUUCACAGGACACGAUUUCAUUUGACAAGCCCCAGUCUAAUGGCUCCCUGUCCUUGAAACAAGGCUCAGAAUUUCAGUACGGCCGGACCAACGUGCUCAGCGACCACUUUCAGUACAGCAGGCAGGCCUACACAACGAACUAUGCCUCCAACCAAUAUGUCGUCUAAGUGGAGAAACUGAUGAAUGAACCUGUUUACUGUAAAAGGACACUGUAUUUAGUGUGGAACUUGCUUUUUCUGUGCCAGAUCCUCCUAUUUAUUUCACUUUUUUUUUUUUUUUUUUUUUUUUUUUCCUCUCAGUAGUUUACAAAAAUUCUCACAAAUUGAGUUUGCAAAUCGAUAUAUUAGCCUUGGUGUAAUACAUUUUAUAGGCUAAACAUAAUACUGUUCACCAUUCUAGUACUGUCUAUGAAUUGAAGGUGUUAACGGUUGCUCUCAAAAUUCUUUGAAACAGGAAAGGCCUUAGCCAUAGGAACUGCUACACACUGGGAAAACAUGCAUUAUCACUGUCCGUAAAGGACGAUUUGCUAAAUUCCGAAAAUUGGAAUACUGCUUCUAUCUGUAAAUAUUUUCAUGUAUUUAUUUUUGUAGAAGUUCUGAGUGAGGCAUAUCAUGGAGUCUUUGAAUGUGUAAAGCCUGUUAAAGGCAUGCUCUUGUUAUAGUCGGUACAUUCUUGGUCAUCAGUGUUUUGCGAGCCAGUUCUAAUCAUUAUAUGGACCCAUAGUAAUUAGUUUUAUUUGUGUUUAAAUUUUUAUUCGGAAUUUCAUGGGUGAUUUUUUUUUUUUUUUUUUUUUUAAUGAGGUUUUUUGUUUUUAAAUGGUGAGUUGAGCUUUGUAAGUUGAAUAUGUGCACUUAUUUGGUAGAAAGUUGCAAUACAAUUUUACAAUCUUCAUUGUUUAAAACUGGUCAGAAUUCGUUAUUUUUGGAAUGGGCAGAUCAGUGGGUCUGAUGCAUAGAUCAGUGAUGCAUAGAUUAGGGGGUCUGAUACACAAGUAUUAAACUCAUUCCCAGCAUCAAUUUUUUUAUUUUUUUUAUUUUGCAUGUUCAAAACAUAAGGAAUGUUUCUCAGAAAUGCGUUUUACAUUUUCUCUUUUGGAAACCUUUCAUAACAUGCUCAUCAGAAGCCAUUCUUAAGAUGUGUUAAUUACAAAAUAUAAUGUGUAGUUGAAUGUUUUGGGCUCUGAGGUACUGCCUCAAGAGCUGAUGCAUAAGUGAAUUGAUUUACAUUUUAAGUGGAUUAAGUUUAAAUCCAUUUUAAGUAGCAAAUAGUACGCGUAUUGGGUAAUAGAAAUAUGUAUAUUGUAAUUGUUUUCUUUCAAAAACUGACUGCAGGAUCUACUGUUUUUGUCAGUUGCUUGCCUCAGUCUGCUAUGGCCUUGUAAUGAAAGGUGUGAUGCAUAAACUAUAGUCUAUUAGCUUAAUAUUUGGGGGGGUUUUUUGUCAAUAUUUAAUUUACAGCUAUAAUUUAGAUUUUUUGCACAAUUAUUCAGUGUUGGUUUGUACUGUGUCUCCUCCUUAAAGCUUUCAGAAUUCGUUUGAUCAUGUUUUGCAGAUGUUUGUUUUUAAUCUUAAUCGUCAAGGGAAAAGACUCCAUUGGGGAAAAAAUUCUUGCGUCUGACUGCCGGGAAGUUAGACCCAAUUUUAAUAAAGAGCAUGUAGAAUCUUCUCUGCAGCUUAAGAGUAACUGGUCAAUUUUCAUACGCGAGUGUAGGGGUUUUUGUAAUUAUUUUUUAACGCAGUCCAAACUGAAUAAGAAACUGCAAGAAUUUAGCCAUUUUAAAGAUCUGUGCAACUGAUGAUUGAACGCUUCAUAAAACAUAGUGUCUGAUGUGGGAUUUUAUUGUUUUUUUUUUUGGUUUUUUUUUUUAAUUAAAGGCUGUAAGAAUAAUCAAAAUGAUCUUUCA